CGCAAAACAACAACGAACGGACGGCCCACGCUGCCAACGGCAAGGUCAGGUACAGCGAUUGAUUUGAUCAUUAAAAUCCGGAUACUUUUUGAGGUUGGAAUAGUCGCUAAUUAUGUUCAACUCCAAUUUGUUAAAGUGUUUCAGUUUUUGUUUUCCUUCUCUGACACAUUUUGUGGCAAGCACGACUGCCUCACAUCUGUUCUCCGUCUUGGACACAACCCUGCUCGUCGUCGUCGUCGUCGUCAUCAUCACCUGGAACCUUCCGUCUGGUCGACGGUCGCCAUGGAAACCUGCUCUGUGCGUCAGUACUAGCGUAGCACCGGAGAAGUGCGCAGAGAUCGAGUUGGAAGAUGACUAUCGGCAAGGGCUCUGGGAGAAGUUCCGUGCGGGGCUCCAUCCGAGCCCCAAAGUUUCUGGACAAAUCCAGCGGCUUCUACGGCCGCCCGGAUGAGCCGGAAAGUGCACCUUUGGAGGACGAGUGGGACGGGGCGAGUGACGUGGACGCGCGUGGUCCGUUUGACCCCAACGAGGGGACGCCGGAGGACGACGGUGAGACGCUCCUAAGCGGGACGCCCGGCGGCAGGUUCAGGAGAAGAAGCUUCGGGAGGAAGCCGAAGCAGGGCGGCUCUCGGGAGGAGGCGCCCAGAAACGAGCGGCCGAUCCCGGGCGCCGCGAGCCCCCGCGUCCCGGAGGCGGAGACGGCCCCCAACCGGGGGAACUCGCUCGUGGACGCUGACGACCAGGUGCUGAUCCGAGACAAAAAGAGGACGACGAGGGGGCAGGAGGAAGUCGUGAACGUGCUCAAGAGGAACACAAUGAAAACCUAUCGCAAGGCCGCGGACCGAGCUUUUCGCCGAGGGCGGGAGGCGUUCGUGGCCAACGUCUACAGCGUCACCCUCACGCCGUCAACUCGCCCAAAAACAAAGCUGCGGCACGACGUUGCGCCAGCUGAGCUUCAGUCGAAGCGCCGCAAUAACGCACACCUCAACGGAAGUAUUCCCUCCGAUUGAACGACGUUUACGUUGACGUGACCAUCCUAAUUAUUUUGUCUAGUUGUUCAUUUAUUCCAUCGGGUUCACUCUUUGGAGCUUCUCUCAGGUUCAGCAUGAUGAAAACAUGAAUCAAGCGUCGACGUGUAAACUUUUAAAGAAGCAAUGACUGAUUAGUGGACCCAUUUUGACUUUUAUUUAAUGAGUAAUGUAGGUAAUUUUCAAUUGGGUGAGUGCAGACACAAGCAUGCCCCAAGUGAUUCAAUGUUUGUUUUGUGACAUAUGUUGUCUAAUAUAUAUAUAUAUAUAUAUUAUUAUUAUUAUAUGUAUUUAUUUUUUAAAUGUCCCGUUAGUCAUCCAGUAUUGUUAUA